AUGGCCCGUGGUACUUGCCCCGCCCCUGUGCCAGUUCCUCUUCGUGGCUUGGUCACACCCAGAACACGACCAACUCUUCCAGGCCUGGACACAUCCAGACCACGACCAACUCUUCCAGGCCUAGACACAUCCAGACCACCACCAACUCUUCCAGACCUGGACACAUCCAGACCACCACCAACUCUUCCAGACCUGGACACAUCCAGACCACGACCAACUCUUCCAGGCCUAGACACAUCCAGAUCUCCACAAACUCUUCCAGGCCUGGACACAACCAGACCACGACCAACUCUUCCAGGCCUAGACACAUCCAGACCACCACCAACUCUUCCAGACCUGGUCACAUCCAGACCACCACCAACUCUUCCAGACCUGGACACAUCCAGACCACGACCAACUCUUCCAGGCCUAGACACAUCCAGACCACCACUAACUCUUCCAGGCCUGGACACAUCCAGACCACCACCAACUCUUCCAGGCCUAGACACAUCCAGACCACCACCAACUCUUCCAGGCCUGGUCACAUCCAGACCACCACAAACUCUUCCAGGCCUGGUCACAUCCAGAUUACUAGCUACUCCUCCAGAUCUGGUAACAUCCAGACUUCAGCUUACUCUUUCAGACCUAGUCACAUCCAGUAGUCCUGCAGGACACAUCCAGAUUACUAGCUACUCCUACUGA